CCUACUGGGAUAGCUGCUUAAGUGAGAACUUGGAUUGUAGCCACACCUGUCACCAAUUGGUACUUUGGUUGAGUGGCUGGUUGUUGGAUGAAACCAUGCAAUGAUCUCCGAUAGUAUAGCCUAGUGUCCUUAAGGCAGUCCGAGAUAUUCCUCAGAGAUUACAUAGGACUUCCCUAUCCUCUGUCAGACAUGCCUUGGUGAAAACCCAUAUAUCCGAAUGACCAAAGAGAAGUUUGGCAAAGAGUGCAAGAUCUGCGCUCGUCCUUUCACGGUGUUCCGCUGGUGUCCCGGCGUCCGUAUGCGCUUCAAGAAGACAGAGGUUUGUCAGACAUGCAGCAAGAUGAAAAAUGUCUGCCAGACUUGUCUGCUGGACUUGGAGUAUGGUCUGCCAAUUCAGGUGCGAGAUACUGGCCUGUCCGUGAAAGAUGACAUGCCGAGGUCAGACGUGAACAAGGAGUUCUACACGCAGAACAUGGAGCGAGAGAUCCAGAGCUCGGACGGCACACGGCCGGUGGGUUUGCUGGGUAAAGCCCCAGGCCACAGCGACAUGCUGCUCAAGCUGGCGCGCACCACGCCCUACUACAAGAGGAACCGGCCGCACAUCUGCUCCUUCUGGGUGAAGGGAGAAUGCAAGAGAGGAGAGGAAUGCCCCUACAGGCACGAGAAGCCCACAGACCCAGAUGAUCCCCUGGCGGAUCAGAACAUCAAGGACCGCUACUACGGGCUAAACGACCCGGUGGCGGACAAACUCCUGAAGCGUGCGUCCGCUAUGCCCAGGCUGGACAUGCCCGAGGACAAAGCCAUCACCACCCUCUACAUAGGAGGCCUAGGAGACAACAUCACCGACUCAGAACUCCGGAACCAUUUUUACCAGUUUGGUGAAAUCCGCACCAUCACCGUGGUGCAGAGGCAGCAGUGUGCCUUCAUUCAGUUCGCCACACGGCAGGCGGCCGAGCUCGCCGCCGAGAAGUCCUUCAACAAGCUCAUCAUCGGCGGACGAAGGCUCACCGUCAAAUGGGGAAGGUCCCAGGGAGCCAGAGGGAGAGAAAAAGACCCAGACAGUGUCAAUGAGUCAGGGAACAGGCUGGAGCCCGUACCAGGGCUCCCAGGAGCCCUGCCCCCCCCUCCUGCCCCAGAGGAGGAGGUGCCUGCCAACUACUUCAACCUGGACCCAGCUACCUCCUCGGCAGUCUUGAACAUUGCCAUGCCGCCCCCCCCCGGCAUACCCAACCCCCCACCGCCAGGUUUUGGACCCCCAAUAUUCCACCCCAUGGGGCCGCCCCCCCCUCCUCCUAUGGGCCUCAAACCUCCAGGCCUCAUCCACUACCCUUCACAGGACCCUCAGCGCAUGGGCGCCCACGCCCACGCCACCCGGCACGCGGCGGAGUAACCCGUACCCUCCACCCGUGCCACCUCGCUAAGUGGCAGCUUCACGCAGGCCUGGACAAAGGAGUGCUCUCAGUCUGGUGGCAUUUCCUGACCUUCAUCACACUCUCACAUCUCACUUGACAAUGGAACCCCCCCCCCAGUAGUGAGGAAAAACCGGCUAUCUGAUCAUAGACUGUGAAUGGGCCGGAGGUGAAUUCUGACACUGAUGGUCUUUACUUGACAUGUAGUCUAUGGGUGUGGGCAACGCUGAUCAACAACAACGCUGCUGAAUAGACUUCUAUAGUAUUAACCGUUGCUAACCUGACAUUACAGCGAAUAGGGGUUCAAAGAGUGACAUUUGUUUGCACAACCAUCACGGUCAUUUUCAUGACUGUUACAAAGUAUUCUGUGUUUGUUUUUAUGUUAAUUUAGUGUUUACAGUGAUGUGCAGCUGCUGUGAGUUUCCCUAUAGGGAACCUGUGUGUAUCAUUGCUAUGCCAAUCAAAUUCUCUCUACUUGUGGAUUACCUCGAAGGUUGAAGAUUUGGUCUUUGAUGAUUUGACUUUGGUCACAAAAUUUGAAUAUCUAAAAUCAGCAUUUUAAUCUUUUGGAGGAUUAAAUGGUGAAUUAUUUUAUUUUAAUUGUAUUUCUUUUUAAGCUAUUUAAGUAAAUACAGGACAGACGUGUUUCUGCUGAUGCACAUGAAUUACCCCAGGACAAAGAUUCACAAAUGUACACUCAGAUUACACCAGUUACGGUCCAUUUUAAACAAUAAAAUGUUCCUCUCUGGGAAUCCAGCACAUU